AGGUACGUGUUGCUUUUGAAAACAAGAUUGCCAUCUGUCAACCACCCGGCGAGCGGUUUGGACUAGCCGCCCCAUCCAGCGUAUCAACGCACCAGUCUUCUUGCUGAAUUCCCUUGCGUUAUUACGGCAGUCAAGUGCUUGUGCUGCCUCUCCCACGUUCCCAAUCAGUGAUCUAGGCAGUUGGGAAACGCGAGCCAUGCCCCCGAUCGAGCCCUCAACAUGGGUGGUCUACGCUGUCAACUUUUCCAUGGUGAUUGCCUUGGUCCUUUUUGUGAGCGCACUGCGGGACAUAUUGGUCGUCUUGCGCGACUGGUGUGGCUUUGGCGAUACUAAGACCUACGAAGAAGAGUAUGAAGGAGAUUCCGUGACUGUAAGUCAGGAAACAGCGGGUAUCACUCAGACGGAGAACGCAUUCAAUAUGCAUGCCAACAAAAGCCCCAUCAGCCCGGAAGAGCGAAUACCAAUGCUGGAGAGACAAGUUGCGGAGCUGCAACGGAGAUUAUUCGAAUUGGAACGCAACGCCAACAUACCGGCUUGUGCUGCAGCAGGCACCGGUGUUGGCCCCGCCAUGCCUGCUGGAUUCGCACCUCCACCGCCACCACCCCCUCCUCCUAUUGUGCAGAGUUCAAAGGAUCCGGUCCCAUUGAAGCAGUCUAAUGGCAAACCGAAAGGUACUCAUGAGGAAGCGGCCGCGGCGCCAUCCAUGCAGGAUGUUCUGAGAGAACUAUUCCAAUCACAGCGCAAAGUGGUUCAGUUGGUCAGUAGCCCUCGCAAAAAUUACCUACACAAGCGGCUGGGUGGCAUGAAACCUGUCAACUCUCCUUUGCGAAAGAGUACGACUGCACAAUGGUUGACGGAAAAACCUACCGGUCGCUUGGACGCUCCUUCCCAAUCAAAGGCACUCCAGAGUUUGAAGGCCAUUGCCUCUCAGGUCGCGACUGCAUAUGAAGUGAAGGAUUCUGGUAUCAUCGCAGAGCGUGAGAACGCUGCAGUACACCUCGAAAUGGACAGAGCAGGUGUUACUACACCACCUCUGAUUGCUAAUUCGGCGGAGAGCCAUUGCCUAGUCAAUGACAGCUGCAAUGUAGAUGAUCCUCUCGAGGGUUUUACUCAAGUGGACGAUAACAGCAGCGACGAUAGUCCACGACCCGACGGUGUAUCGAGGCAGGGACUAUCUGAACAAAAAAUGGGAAGUAAUAAAGAAAAUAGCCUUCCAAGCAAAUUGGCUGCUCCCCAGAAGCAUCCUUUCAUGGAAGGCGAUCUUGCCAAAGAUAUUGCGUUGGUUCGACUUCGAAAGACGAACAUUCCUAGGUCACCUGGUGGAACGACGCUAAUCCCUCAGCGUAGGACCCCACCACGGCCGAUUACUAGUUCCACCGAACAUGCAUUCAUAUCCUUGAAAGAAAAGUUCAACCAAGCUUACCCGCGCCGAGACGAGGAUGAAGGUCGUACCGUGUCUCAUGUCGAUGAUGGUCAGGUAGAGGAUCCGUUUGCGUAACCAAGAUGAUUUGAGAAAUCUUGAAUAUCAAAAGAAAAGCGAAAUGUGCUAAGGUCCACCGUCCCUUUCCGUCUUGACGAAUUAUACUAUGGUUCGAACAUCAGGAUCCUGCAAGUGCAAGCACAUAACAUCGUCAACUGAAAGUUGCAAUCUAUAAUUAUGUUGCUUCAUCUCUUUACGUGUACAAUGAAAGCAAAGCAUCUGCUACAUAUGAUUGAC